UCAACAGUCUAAUUGUUUCACGUACUCUUGCGCUAUAGUAUAUAUAGUAUAGUAUUAUAGUAUUAUCAUCAUGCGUGUUAUUUUGUGGAUUGCAUUGAUCUUUACCACUGUUGUGACUGUUUCUGGACAAAGGAGCAUGUGGCCUUGGUCACGGUAUAGAGGGAUGAUGUCAAAUCGAAGAUGCAUCAGUUGCUCGGACGUAAAAAAGGCUCACCUGUGUGAAUCCUGCUGCAAAAGAUCAGCCUGUACCCCAAAUCCUUGUAAAAACAAUGCUACAUGCUUGUCAGUUGAUAACGGUUACAGCUGUAGUUGUACUCCUGGGUAUUUUGGUGAAAACUGUGAUGUGAAUGUGUGUCUACCUAACCCAUGUAAAAAUAAUGGUACUUGUUCACCAGUUGAUAACGGAUACAGAUGUAAUUGUACUACAGGAUAUUUAGGAGAAACCUGCGACGUAAAUCCUUGCAAUGUAUACGACCCCUGUGUAAAUAAUGGUACGUGUUAUCCAUCAGAAUUUAUUGUGAAUUGUAGCUGUCCUACUGGAUUUAUUGGAGCUUUUUGCCAAGAGCCUGAAGACACACCACAAGUUGCAGAGGAGAGAGUAUGUAACUUUACACAGUGCGAUGCGAUAAAUGAAAAUUGUGAAAAAUUGCUAUGCUUAGACGCGGGUAAUUGUACUGGUAAAACCUGUGAACCCGAUGACUUAGAGGGUUGUGUUGAUGGUACCUGUGCAUUCUUCGGUGAUGUGUGUUUUUCUCUACAAGGUGACAACUAUGUCUUCUGUCAAGUACAAGGUGAACCAUGUGGGGAUGGUAACUUCUGCAGUGCAUUUAGUAAAUGUGUAAAUGACAUCUGCAGGCCCCUAGGGAGCUGUGAUGAGCGGGCUGAGAGAGCUGGUUGCACUGGCCUUUCUCUUACUGGCGCAUGUGUAAGCGGUUUCUGUCGCGUACCAUGUAGUAAUGACCAGAAAUGCAAGGGUUAUCCAUGUGUUGAUGGAUUCUGUGCAGAUGUCUAUUGUGGGGAGUCAUUUUGUACUGCAUAACUCUAAACCAACAACUACAAUAUUAUAUUCUUUACUUCUUUAAAGCACCUAGAUGCAAACAACUACAAUAUUAUAUUAUUUACUUCUUUAAAGCACCUAGAUGCAAACAACUGCAAUAUUAUAUUCUUUACUUUUUUAAAGCACCUAGAUGCAAACAACUGCAAUAUAAUAUUCUUUACUUCUUUAAGGAAACCAAUAUAUCAAAAUAUAACCCAGAUCGUAAAAUAAACUUUAUGUUGGUUG